AUGAACUCGCUGUUCCACUACGGAAGUGUCCAGGCGAAUCCGCUCUACAACUGCUCGGCGAAGCCCGCGGAGGAAUGGACGGCGCAGUUGGGAACUCGGAGACCAGUCCUCGGAUCCGUCCUUAUAAUAUUCGGCGUCUUUGUGGAAGCUAUGUAUGUUCCGUGCCUUGGCGCCAUUUACAAACGACGUCUUCUAAAGCAUUCGUGCUACAAAAUCAUGUUUCUGCUCGGAAUCACCGAUAUGAUUGCCACGUGUAAGUCACUGCCUUCUUCCAAAAUGCCAUCCCGAUUAUAGCCUUGGCCACUAUUCUGUCCGGAUACUUGUUCAUCAACGGGGCGGUCUUCUGUACCCACCCUGAGCUCAUCUACGUGGCCGGAAGCUUCGCCCUCGGUGGAUGGGUGUGCUCGUGUGCUCUCACUCUUCUCCUGGUCAUCAAUCGAAUCUCCGACAUUCUGGUGCCCCGCAUUUCCGAGUUCCUCUUCUCGAAACAGCGCACUUGGAUCGUUGCCAUGAUCCCAAUCAGUUAUACCCUUUUGGUGAUCACAUUCUCUCCCGCAGUCAUAUUCAACUCCUCUGUGAUGGCGUGGAUCGGAGAUCCGAUGAUCUAUGAGAACAUGUCCGACGCCUACUACAACUGUAUUCAGAACGUGAACAACGUGGUGUUCAUCAUCGGAACUAUUGUUUUCUACGGAGCCUACUGCUUCUUCAUGUCUCAGAAGCAAAUGGGUUUCAAAGUUUCUUCGGGCAAAAAUGUUGGUGGAACUUGAUUCUUUGGAUUCCCAUAUUCACAAUAGCCAGACUUGUCGCGGGCCGAUGAAGGUCCGUACUAAAAUUUCAAAACACGAUUCCUUUUUGUAAUUAUGAGUUCGCUAAAUACGUUUUCGGUUUGAACUAGCUAAUUUCAAUGAAAAAAAACAGAUUUUCAAGUAACAAUUCAAAAAAAUUCGAUCGACAAGUCUGACAGUAGCGUUCAGGUGUUCAUUCAAUCGACGCUAAUCUGUUCGAUCAACUGCUCGUCGGCUCUAGUCUACUCGAUGAUGAUGUUCGUCAAACCGAACGAAUACGUGGUUCUGUUCGGAGAACUCGCCUGGUCCCUAGUCCACGGUCCUUUCGGAUCUCAUGCCUGUUCAUUACUCUUUUGUCUCAGGCUGUCCUGCUAUUAUUUAUCUAACAAUGAACCGGACGAUUCGCCAAGAGGUCAUCAGUUGGUUCCGGAAGAAACCGUCCGUCCGGGAUUCUGA